AUGAAGUUGAUUUGGGUACAUCGUGCAUUGACACAGUGUCUUGCGUCAUUAUGUUCAUCAUUGGCAAUUCAUAAUAGCUUGUAUACUGGAAAAUCACCAUGUGAUUCUCACUUAGUGACAUUGGGAGAUAAAGUAUUAGACACAUUUGGUUCUGGAACAGAAUAUGCCAUUGACUAUCUUGCAAAUUAUGAUAAGGCUUGGAUAGUGCACUGGUUCAAUCGGGAUGUAAAACGGCACACAGCGCGGUUGGCAACAAAAACAUUGCAAUAUUUUGGAAUUGACAUAGAUUGCUACCGUCGUAUGCAGAUUAUCAAUUCUAAAACAGAAUAUACGGAAGUCUUUCGCCCUCUACAUGACUCACAGAUGCCAUAUUUCGACUUACACAAUGGUGUUAUUAGCGAACUUUUUGAUAGUUAUAUUUACCAAUUUGAAGAAUUUGCGUAUGAAAAGAGAUUUGGUGUUACGGUUGAAGGUUAUCAACCAUUAGCGGCUCCUGCGGAUCAGCAAUCCCUUGGCACCUUGAGAGUAAAUGGUGGGGCUCAGUCUUUCGUUCCGUCGUUUGCGGACGGUCAGCCAAUGACCGGCCACUUCUUGCAAGAUGAUAAAGGGUUCAAAUGA